UGUGUGGUGAAGGGUUGGCGCGGAGCUGGUGGAAGUAUGCUAGGAGAACAUUUUAAAACGCUGUCUACAAGAACAUUGGGAAUUGCUCAUUAACUGUACAUGUCAUUAUAAGUUACCCGCGUAUUAGCAUGGGUGUCAGAUCCUGAAGUCCGCUCUGUGGUGUUUGGCUCAUCUUACAGUUAUAUAUCCGCCUGUUGUCGUUAGCUCACAGCUGACUCAAAUGGAUUUAAUGGAUGAACUUUAUGGAGAUCUUGAUGACAAGCCUUUUGGUGCUCUGCAUCACAUUGAGGAUUCGGUAUACUCUGGCCUGGAAAACAGCCCUAAGAUUGAUGGGCACAGAGGUAAAGUCAACCCACUCCUUUCCCCACACACAAUGGAAUCAAUGGAUAUAUAUGAGGACAUUAUCAGGGAAGAACAAGAAGAAAAGGAAGCAACCUAUAAUGAGUUAAAGCAAAAAUUUGAUGAAGCACAAAAGCAAGUUAAGGAACUGUUCUCACAGUUACAGCUACUGCAGACAAAGAAUUCCAGUUUGAACAGUGAAAACAUACUCCUGAAGAAGAACAUUUGUUCUCUCAUCAAGACGGCUAGAAUGGAGAUUGUGCGUAAGGAUGAGGAAAUUAGCAGACUCAGUAAUAGGUCUGGUCGAGGAAGUUAUGGUCAAAAUGUUCGUCGAUCUCAAAUGGAAAGUGGUCCGGCAAACACAAGGCCCAGUUUGAACAAUUCUACAAGUUCUGUUUUGAAAUCACAAGGUUCUAGACAAGAUAAUAUUUUGAAUGAAGUAAAUCAGCACAAAGGUAGAAACUCUGUGUCGGAUCACUGUACAUAUCCACCAACAACGUCAACUACAGCACCACAACCAUUUGAAGUGCUCCAGAGAUGCCCUAGAACUGAUCUUGAUAGUCCUCUGCAGUGCCAGAAUAAAUUGGCUGCUAAAUCUGACAGUAAAACUAUUCACUGUUCUCAGACCCUCACUGUUCAACCAGAGCAGGUGUACGCACCUGUUCAUCCUAACAGAACAUCAGGGAUUGUAAAAAAUCCCACCACAUCGACAGUGGCAGAUGUCUCAAAUGCUCUCAAAACGAAUGACUCUGCACUGAGAGUUUCCGAUACAACUACUGAUUGUAGUUUGAAGGACAAUAAGAACAGUCCAUCAAAACAAGCAGACAAGCUAGAAAAAACACAAAAAUGUACAAGCCGGGACAAGGAGUGUAACUCGAAGGAUAAGAAUGUGUCACAAAAGUCUCAGAGAAGAGUGAACAGCAAGUCAGGAAGAACUGAAAAGGAGCUCAUAAAAGAUAGUUCUGUGUCCAAUGAAAACAGGAAUCAGCAGCCUGAGGUUCCAGUCAUUCUUAAAAGUUCAGAACAGUCGAAAAGCCCUUCCUCGCAGUCACACAAAGCCUCACCAUCUGUCUCUUCCCAGUCAUCCAAAAGUUCAGUUAAGACAGCGGCAGAUGUAGAGAAACGGACUCAAGGGCACAUGCAUAAUCAAAAUGCAGACAGAACUAGCAGAGAAACAAAACCCUCUGGCUUGAGCUGCACAACUUGUACUGUGGUGGAUGAAGCAAGCCAUUCCCAAAACCACAAAGGGAAGAAAAGAGAUGCAAGUGGCCAUGAAAGGAAAAAGGAGAAAAGUUCCAGUGCAGAAAGGAGGAGCAGCAGAACUGAAAGAAGCAGAGACCAUGAGCAAAAGAGGCCGAAGGAAAGUGACAGGAGUAAAAUAAAUGAGGGUAGCAGCAGCAGUAGUAGUAAAGAAAGAAGCAACAGAUCAGACAGUAGAAAGGAGUAUGAGCGAAGGAGUGUGUGGGAAAUGGAUAAUAAAGCUGAAGAUAAAAGAUCUAAGAAACAAGUUGAUGCUUGUGAGCAAGCUUUUUCUUCUCCCAAAUGUGAUCUUCAACGCAAGGAUGUUUAUAAGGAGAAAUCAUCAAAAAGCAAAGGGUCUCACAGCUAUGAUAAAGCUAGAAAGAUGGAGGAUUUAAAAUGCCCUGUCAAAAAUGGAAAUUCUGAUAAGAAUUGUUUUGGAGACAAGGGUAUAGACAAGGACAGAGAAAGAAAAAAAGGUGGACAUUUGGAGCAUAGGGUACAUAAGCAUAGAGCAUCAAAAAUUGCUCUUACCAAAGAUAAUAGAAAGAACUCUCCUAAAAAGCACAAUGUUGUCGGAAAAGGUCAAGAUAGUAAGAAUGAGCAAGACAGACACCUUGAAACUGAGUCACCAUCAAUGGUAGCUGUCAGCAGCAAUCCCUGCAAAACAACUGAGGAUAAUAGUCCGAACAGAAAACUGAGUUUCAUGGAAACACUGAAUCUUACCCUAUCGCCUCUAAAAAAACAAAAGCAGUCCUCUGAUCCCAGAGAAGCCAGUGGAGCAACAUCUGAAAAUGCCCAACCUGAAAACAGCAGAUUAUCUGAUCCUGGGGAGGAGUUCUUUGUCAUAGAUGAAUUAAAGGACAGCCAGGACAAUGUUGAGCAAGAGGAUGAGGACCCUGUGCCCACAGCUCCAGGUAAAAAAGAAGACCUUACCAGUUCUUGCAAACAGUCUGGACAAGUUGUUGAUCUUUUCACAGCUGUAGUCUCCGAGAAGCCCUCAGGUGAACAAACCGAUAUAGAUGUACAAGAAGAGAAUGCCACCAAAAGUCAAGAGGCUGUGGACAAAGUGCCAGCCAUUGUUAAAAGCGCAGAGGAGAAAAAGACCAAGAUUUCAGAAUCCAAUGUGUUAGACAAAGAUUCAUUAUCAAAAUUAACCCUUACAAGAGAAUCUCCAAAUCGUGCCUGUCAUAACGGCACUGAAGACUCCCCGGGAAUUAUGGAUAAUUCUGUUGUCUCUAAUACUUUGCCUACUAAAACUUCAGAAGCGGCAGUUUCAGAUAAUAUUCCAGAUUCAAUAGUUGAAGGUUAUCAGCAACAAGAUCCUUUUACCAAUGUAUCUGUGGAAAUCCAAAGCAGUCCUCAGAUCAAGUCUCAGGAUUUACCACCAGGAUCAAAUGGGAUAUGUCAAGAUGAUGUGUCAUCCUCAGACAAGGCACAAAGUAUUCCUAAGAUUAAUUCUUCUACGAUUUCUGAUAGUUCUGUCAACAUGGAAGUUUCCUCUAGCACAAUUACUGCAGAUUUUUAUGAGCCAAGCAAAGUUAUUUGUGAUUUUGAACGAGUGGAUACUUCAGAACAGGACAGUAAGGGAGCAGAGGAAGCAAUUGAAAAUUCAAAAAUGAUUGAAACACCGCACUCGUAUGAAAAUCUGAAAUUGUCUGAAAAAUCCCAUCAAAGUCCAUUAUGGGGUGAAAACAAUACAGCUCCAAAUGAUAGCACCACUGUUGGAGAGAAGACCAUGUCAUCUUCACAAUCUGGUUUCUCAGAGCCAGAUUCCACAGAGAAAGAGGAACAGAACACAAAGUCAUCAAACCCGGUUUUGUUUUGCCCUGAUGAAGACUCCAUGAUGCUUACUCUUAGGAACAUCAAAGUUAUUCCAGAGCCCAUCAGCCCUCUUACAAGCCCAGUCCGUCAGGUGAAGAAAGUACAGCCUCAGCGUGCUGAGAAGCAACCACAUGUCAAAAGUCUUAACAAAGAUCUCUCAACUGUAACAACUGCCUGUGAUAAGGAUGAAGUGAAUAUGGACAUGAACAAGGAGAAUAAAUCACCUGACUCAUCUGUCACAGCUCCGCCCUACAAAGGGACAAAAGAUGCCCUCUCAGCUAGUGGAACUGAGGAAGAUGAGCUAGAGGAUGGUGAGAUAGUGAGUGAGAGUGAAGAAGAGGGACCUCUGUAUAUACAGACUACUCCAAAAGAAAAGGACAAAUCAACCUCAGGGACUGAUUCAAGUCCAAAGCUAUCUGCAGUUGGGAAAAGAGUGUCCCAAAAUAAAUCUUGCAUCCCUGCUAAAUAUACAGAGCGAAGCAAGAGUUCAAAGUCAUCUGCUUCUAACGACAGUCCCACCUCAAGUAAAAGACGCUUUAAAACUGUCAGCCCAUCAUUGAAAGCAGCAGUCUAUACCAUAGACGGAUUUAUGGACAUGUUAGGAUCUAUUCGAGUUGAGUUGAGGAAAAAGUACAUGAAGCUUCAGAAAAAUGUCACUAAAACUGCCUUCUGCUGUAUUGUGGAUAUGUCUCAGGCUUCUUUUAUAGAAUUUAUCAAUGCUGUUGACUUGGAUAAAUUGUGCUACCAAGGUAAUGACAUCAAAGUUAGACUUAAUAAAAUUAUUUCAUCUAUCAUGAGCAAGAUUACCAAGAAUGGCAUCGUCAAUCGUAUCUUUGAGCAAAGAGCUGGAGACCUCAAGCAGAAGUUGUGGACAUUUGUGGAUGGGCAGUUUGAAUUCCUGUUCAAGGAACUGAACACAGCACUCAAAAGUGGAUCUGAGCCAUCAAAGAAUGCAUCAUAUGAAAAUAAAAUUGCAACUCUUAAAAGAAAAGAGAUUGAAAGUGAAGUGGUGGAAAAAGAACCUUUUAACACAUCGGGGCAUCUUCACAGGGCCAAGAUGUCAAAAGUUGACACAGGAAGUUUUGUCAGAGAGGCCCCUCCAAAUAAUCUCCCUUGCAGGGGCCUUGGGAGCAGGGGUAAAAACAUAAAAGCUGUCAUGAAUGAAGAUGAUCAGCCGGCAAAUGUGGCAACAUCACAUCAGCUUCCUACUUCGUCCUCUGAAAGGUCUGUCUACGAAGGCACCUCUGGAUCUGAGACUAGAAUCUCUUCCUAUGUCCGACGUCUCUCCCAUAAUGGAUCGAUUCAGGAUAAGUCAGACUUUGAAAUUCUCACUGAGCAGCAAACAACAAGCUUAACCUUCAACUUGGUCUCCGACUCUCAAAUGGGAGAGAUAUUCAAGUGUCUUUUGCAAGGGUCUGAUUUGCUUGAAUCCAGUGUUCCCAUAGGCGACAAUACAAGUUGGCCACUCAGCACACCUCGAAAGGAAGGACUUCCAGGGGAGAGUUUGAUUGGGAUUAUGACCCCCAAUAAGACAACCCCAUCUAAAUUCAUCACAUCCUGGCCUUCCAUUUCCCCCUACAAGUUUGCUUCGAAUAACAAAAUGCUGGUAAACCCAGCCAUUCUCGAUGAGAGCUGCUUGUUAGAAGUUCCCUCUAAUUCUGAACCAUGCCAGCUUUUACUUCAGUCAACUGUAAUACCUCAGAAAUCAUACUCUAUCUUGGCAGAAGAUCUAGCCGUGUCCCUUACCAUUCCCUCACCACUAAAGUCAGAUAGUCACUUGAGUUUCUUGCACCCUGGAACUGGACAGCCACUGUCUGCCCCAAACAGUGUCCUGAGUGCCCAUUAUAGUGAAGACGCUCUUCUUGAUGGAGAAGAUGCCACUGAGCAGGACAUACACCUUUCUCUGGACACUGACAACUCUAGUUGUGGGUCGAGUCCCAGCAGGACAUGGGAGGCCUCUGAUUCACCUGGUUUCCAAUUCCAGCCCAAUUUACCAAUGCAGGCUGUGGUAAUGGAGAGGUCAAAUGAUCAUUUCAUCGUGCGAAUAAGACGAACAUCAUCUGGCCCAUUUGAAAGUAAUCGAAAUGAAGGGAAAGCAGCACCAGAAUUAGCCGAAUGUCAAGAGCCAUUUCUCAAGCCUAAUCUCACUCUGACCCAUGAAGACCUGGGUUCCACACCUGGAGAGACAUCGAACAAAAUCCUAGCUAUAGUAAAUGAGUCCUGUCACAUUUCAGAUAAAGCAAUAGAAGCUCAACAGUCAAGCCAAAAAUCCUCAUCUGAAGGUGUUCGUGAUGACAACUUAUCCCGCAACAAUGCAGAGCGUGUUUCCAGAGAAGCAUGUGUUACCGCGCAUGAGGAAAGUAGUGCAACAACGAGUGAAACAUCAGAGGUGGUGUCAGGAAAAGUAAAGAGCGCCAUUCAGAGCUCAAGUGCACCAGAGUCUGAAUCCGAAAGGGUGUCAAGGAAACGCAAGGAGCACAGAUCAGCACCAAAGGCAAAGCGCCAAAAAGUCAAGAAAUCUCAAGAUAAACAUUCCAAGUCUAGGCAUAAGAAAAGGUCAAAAUCCUCCAAAGAAAAACACUCCAAAAUUGCAGUACCCCAGGGGUCCCCUAGCAGCCUGUCUGCUAAGAAUGUAAUCAGGAAGAAAGGGGAGGUAGUGGUGACGUGGACCAGGGAUGAAGAUCGGGACAUACUCAUUGAGCUUAAAAUGAAGGGCACUUCACCCAAGACAUUUGCUGCUCUGUCAAAAAGGUUAAAGAAGUCAACAGAGCAGAUCGAGGAGCGAUUCUCUCAACUGAUGAAGCUGUUCAAGAAGAAAGAGAAAAUGGAGAAUUGAACAACAUGACAGAACUGGCAGUGGAUGCUAAUGCACAUAUCAAAAUCUAUCGAAAAAAGCACUUAGAGUUGUAACUUACCAAAAGAUAGAACUGCAGUAAAUGGUAUAACCUG